AUGGAGCAUGUCAUCACAACAAAUGAACGCUCUCGAAUCACCUUCGAACCCGAGGAUCGCCUCGAACGCCGUCGCCGACACAGUCGACAAAGAUCACAGAGCCGCGAUUCUAUCAGCAGUAUCAGAUCACGAGCACAAUCGACGUCUGCUGCUGCUGGUAUCCCAAUUGAGUUCCGCACUCUCUCCUUCCAAGUCGCUCACUCACAGACGGUCAACGACGUCAAGGCCUCCAAGAAGCCAAAGACGCCGUUCAAGAAGGAGGCAAAGGCCGAAGACAAACGACAAAAUGAUGCAGAGCAUUUCGAGAAGUUAGAAUACCACGUGCUCGAUGCCGACUCAGUGAUACAAGAACUCUCAUCAUCUUCUGAGCUAGGCCUGACAUCUGAGUAUGCUUCGACUCGUCUUGCAAGUGACGGAAAGAAUUCGCUUCCUCGCAAGCGUCAGAACUAUGCGAAGAAGCUCUUCGAAUAUGUCUUUGGUGGUUUCUGCUCAGUACUCUGGGUUGGUGUGAUUAUCUUCUUCAUCUGCUGGAAACCAUUAGGGAACCCGCAUCCUCAAGCAUACAACCUGGGUCUUGCUAUCCUAGUCCUCAUCGUCAUCUUCCUACAAGCAUGUUUCUCAGCUUUCCAAGACUGGUCGACUGGCCGCACAAUGAACGCCAUCUUGGAUCUACUACCAGCUGAUGCCCUCGUCGUCCGUGGCGGUCAAUCUACAAAAGUUCCUUCAACCGACCUUGUCGUUGGCGAUAUUGUUAAGAUCAGUAUUGGCAACAAAGUUCCUGCCGAUCUUCGUCUGCUCGCGACCUCCGGCGAUGUUCGCUUCGACAGAUCGAUGCUUACUGGAGAGUCUGACGAGAUCGAAGGCUCUGUCGACUCCACUGACAAGAACUUCCUUGAGAGUCGUAACAUUGCUUUGAUGGGCACAAUGGUCACCAACGGCAGCGCUACCGGUAUUAUUGUCCUGACUGGCAAGAAUACCUGCAUGGGACGCAUCUCCAGUGCGAUGGCUGGCGCAAAGGAACAGCCGACACUCAUUCAAAUGGAGAUCAGUCGUUUCGUCAGAAUUAUCGUCUGCCUGACUAUUGUCCUUGCCUUGGCCAUCUUGUUGACUUGGGUUGGUUGGCUUAGACGCGACCACCCUGCAUAUAUGAGCACAGUUGCAAUGCUCAACAAUGUCAUGGGCUGUGUGGUUGCCUUCAUUCCUGAGGGCAUGCCAGUCGCAGUCGCUUUGACACUGAUGAUGAUUGCCCGUCGAAUGAAGAACAGCAACAUUUUACCCAAGGGACUUUCAACAGUUGAGACACUUGGCUGUGUCAACGUCAUUUGCUCUGACAAGACCGGUACCUUGACUGAGAACAAAAUGGUUGUUACCACCGUCGGCUUUGUUGAUGAGCAACUUACUGUUGCUGAAGCCUUCUCGAAGAUGGAAGCUGGCCAGAAUACCGUACUCACCGAACUUCAUCGUGCAGCCGCUUUAUGUAACGAUGCUACUUUUGAUCCCCUCACUAUGGACAAGCCCAUCUUGGAACGCGAAGUUCAGGGCAACGCCACCGAUGGAGCCGUACUCAAGUUCGCAGAAGUUGCCCAUGUCGAUUCAACCAGAAGUCUCCCUGACGCCCAUCCUCGCAAAUACCAGAUCCCCUUCAACAGCAAGAACAAGUGGAUGCUUACACUUCACGAUGAAGUUGACUCCAACUACGAAUCUGCUCCUGAGAAAACCAAAUACCUUGUCUACGUCAAGGGUGCUCCUGACAAGCUCCUUCCUUUCGCAACCUCAUAUUGGUCUGCUAAGAGCAACUCUGUCUUGCCUCUCGAUGCUGAGGCCAAAGCUCAAUUCAGCGCUCUCCAAGAACGUCUAUCUCGCAAUGCCGAGCGUGUUAUCCUUCUCUGUCAACGUCACUACAAUCCCAUCGAGGCUCUCGGCACUAACGCCUUUGGAGACGAGAUCAUGGAGAACGGCAUUGCUGAUCUGACCAUCAUUGGAGUCCUCGGUAUCACUGACCCUCCGCGUAAGGAGACUGCUCCUACUGUUGCGUCUUGUCGUCGUGCUGGUGCACGUUUCUUCAUGGUCACUGGUGAUUUCGGUCUGACUGGUGCCGCUAUUGCUCGCAAUGUUGGCAUCUUCACCCACACUGGCGAGCCUGACACGUACGAGACUAUCGCUGAAGGAGCCACUUUCGUCAACGACAGCGAGAAGGGUGCUCGUGUCAACAGCAGUCUGCUCCUUGAAGGUCCCUCGAUCAACAAGCUUACCGAUGAAGAUUGGGACAUUGUCUGCAGUUAUGAGGAGAUCGUAUUUGCACGUACUACACCUGAGCAGAAGCUGCGCAUCGUCAACGAACUCAAGGCUCGCGACAACGUUGUUGCCGUUACUGGUGAUGGUGUUAACGAUGCACCCGCACUCAAGGCUGCUGAUGUCGGCAUCGCCAUUGCUGCCGGUUCUGACGUCGCCCUCGAAGCAUCUGAUCUGGUACUUCUCGACAAGUUCGAUUCGAUCGUCGAGGCCAUCCGUCUCGGUCGUCUUGUCUUCCAGAACCUCCAAAAGGGUAUCGCAUACCUCCUUCCAGCCGGAAGUUUCAGUGAAAUCUGGCCAGUUCUGCUCAACGUCUUCUUCGGUGUCCCUCUCCCUCUGUCCUCCUUCCUCAUGAUCAUCAUCUGUGUCUUCACCGAUCUCUUCCUCAGUCUCACCUUGAUCAUGGAAAAAGAAGAAUUCGACCUCCUCGACCUCCCUCCCCGCAACCACAAAAAGGACCAUCUCAUCAACUUCAAGAUCUACGCACAAUCCUACCUCUUCAUCGGUGUCAUGGAAACAAUCUGCGCACACUCCAUGUUCUUCCUCUACUAUUGGCGCCACGCAAAAAUCCCCGUCCGCGAACUCUUCUUCCUCUUUGAAGGAUAUUCAGAAGGCUUCCACGGCUACACUCAAGAUGAGUUGACGCAUUUCAACACCGUAGCACAAGGUGUUUACUUUGUCACAUUGGUUAUUUUGCAAUUCGGCAAUUUGCUCAGUGUGAGGAGUAAGAAGCUUAGUAUCUUGCAAGCCGAUCCUUUCCGUGCUAAGCGCCGUAACCCUUGGUUAUUGGCUGGUAUGGCUGUGUCGCUUUCGAUUGCGAUUUUCGUCACCAUGGUGCCUGGUAUUCAAAGGAUUUUUGGUACUGCCACCGUGCCCAUCGAAUUUUGGUUGAUUCCGCUGCCACUGGCGCUUGGUAUCUUGGUUAUGGACGAGAUGAGGAAACUGGUGGUUAGGUCUUUCCCUAAUGGCCCUAUUGCGAAGAUUGCUUGGUAA